AUGUCCCUGGAGUGUCCCCAAGGUAUCCCCGAAGUGUCCCUGGAGUGUCCCCAGCUGCCAUGGAGCCCCUCGAAGCCCCUCGAGCCACAGGACAGCGCUGUGGCCAUCCUGGGUGAGCUGCUGGCCGCCCUGCCCAGAGAGAACGAGAUGCUGCUUGGGUCUGCAGACCUGGCUGCCUAUGAGAGCUCCUCAGGGACCCCCCAGAGGCGUGUGAUAUGGCCGUACAUAAGCUGGUUCAUGGCCCUGGAUAUUCUCAAGGACAGGUGGGCCAAGCUGGCCAGGAAAGCCACCAAGCUCCACAACAGCUGCAGGGAGGUGGCCACUGAGGCAGCCUCUGAGGAGGCCACAGCCACCGCCUGGGCCAGGGAGCUGCAAGACGAGGCUGCCUGUUAUGGGGCAGCUCAGGAAAACAUGGUGGAGCUGGAACAGGCCCAGGGCAGCGGCUGGAGGCGUCCCUGGGGCAUCUGGAGCGCUUGGUGGCCGCAUGUGACGAAGCCACGGUGUUCCUCCCGGGAGCUUCAAUGGCGGCUCAGGGACACAGAGGCUGCGCUGGAGGGGACAAAUGAGACAUCCCCUGAUGUCCCUGAGGCCUUGGUGGCCCAGGUUGCCGUUGCAGAGCAGCUGUGGGCGGCCAACGCCUGCCUGGCCAAGGAUCACCUGCUGAAGGCACUUGAUGACAUCUUCAAGUUCUAUAUCAAUGAUGAUCCCACCAGCCCCAGUGUCUUUGGGGCGGCUGAGAAGUGCCAAAGAGCCACCAAGGACAUCCCAAGGCACCUUCGACCCCCGGAGCGUUGCCAGAGCAUCCCCAAGGUGUCCCCAGUGUCCCCUCCUCAGCUGCAGGUGCUGGUGGCCAUGGUGAAUGCCCUGGACGAGAUGGUGGCCACCUUGAUGGGGCCACACUGGGCCAAGUUCCCAGACUCCCUGUAUGAGGACCUGAAUAACUUCACCCGGAGCCUCCGUUCGACCCUGAACAAAGGAGGAGUGCUGCCGCCUCUACCUGGGCUAUGGGUGUGGUGUCCCAGGUCGAGCAGGGCUCGGUGGCAGCAGCCCUGCCACGCAGACCAAGACACAUGCUGACACCAAUGUGGUGGACGGUGAAAAGGUGUUUAUUAACUGCCAACAGGGGUAAUUUAUAACAGGGGGUAACAGCAGGGCAACGGUGAAGGGAGAGGGGUUAGGCCUAAUGUCGCGAGAUGUCCUAGAUAAUGUGAUAUCUUGACCCCAAAUUUCCCCCCCCUCUUCAUGACCUAUUAAAAACGUAGAAAACGCUAAGGUUAAAACUGCCUAGUGGGACAGUAACAAACUUGUAACUGUAACAAAACAAGCAAAUGUAGCAAACUUGUAACAAACUUUUGACUGUAGAUAUUUAACAAAUGAAAAGUUAAACAAUGUAAUGCAUACAAAAAACUAACUAUCUCUAACUGGUUUUCUAAGAAAAAACAACACGGACUUAUUAAAAAUACGGGGCGAUCAGCCGUGGGGCUGAGUGAACCAUGACUUCGGGCAUUCUUGCAGGACUUUCUCAGCUUAUCUGUUGACAUCACAGCACCAAAUUGUCCUCCCAGAAUCUGCAAUCUGUUUGACUUUAAAACCAGGGUGUUUUGGAGAGUGCAUGUCCGGACUCAUUUUCUCCCCAAAACACCCUUUGGACCCCUUGGUGCAGG